UACGUCAUUUGGAAUCAAGAGGUCAAAAGUGCAAUGGACAGACUAUCAUCAGGUUUGGACAUAUAUAGAUUUUCUUUAAAGAACAUGACUGAAAUCACCACGUUUAUAUUGAUGGGUUUCACAGAUGAUUUUGACCUGAAAGUUGUCUUAUUUCUACUGUUUCUUGCAAUCUAUCUCUUUACACUGAUAGGAAAUUUGGGACUGGUUGUGCUGGUCAUUGGGGAUGCCCGUCUCCACAACCCCAUGUACUAUUUUCUCAGUGUCUUAUCAUUUUUAGAUGCCUGUUAUUCUACAGUUGUGACCCCCAAAAUGCUGGUCAAUUUCUUAGCAGAAGAUAAAUCCAUUUCAUUUAUUGGAUGUGCAACGCAGAUGCUUCUCUUUGUGACCUUAGGAACCACAGAAUGCUUUCUGUUGGCUGCAAUGGCUUAUGAUCGCUAUGUAGCCAUCUACAACCCUCUGCUCUACUCAGUGAGCAUGUCACCCAGUGUCUAUGUGUCCCUCAUCAUUGCCUCCUAUGUUGCUGGAAUUGUACAUGCUACUAUACACACAGUGGCUACUUUUAGUCUCUCUUUUUGUGGAUCAAAUGAAAUCAGUCAUGUCUUCUGUGAUAUUAUCCCAUUACUAGCUAUUUCCUGUUCUGAUAUUCAAAUGAACCAGCUUCUGCUCUUCUACUUUGUGGGUGCUAUUGAGAUGGUCACUAUUCUGAUUGUCCUGGUCUCCUAUGGUUUCAUUCUGUUGGCCAUUCUGAGAAUGCGUUCAGCUGAAGGGAGGAGAAAAGUGUUCUCCACAUGUGGCUCUCACCUAACUGGAGUGUCUAUUUAUCAUGGGACAAUUCUCUUCAGUUAUAUGAGACCAAGUUCAAGCUAUGAUUCAAACCAUGACAUGAUAGUGUCAAUAUUUUAUACCAUUGUGAUCCCCAUGCUGAAUCCUAUCAUCUAUAGUUUGAGAAACAAAGAUGUGAAGGAAGCAAUGAAAAAAUUGUUGAAAGAAGUUAGUAAAUGA